CCGAGGCGCCUGCACUCGCCGAGUCCCUGCUGCUGCCCCACACUCGCCAUGCGUCCUGGGGCACUGUGGCCGCUGCUCUCGGGAGCCCUGGUCUGGGCGGUGGGAUCCGUGGGCGCCGUGAUGGACUCGGGGGAUUCUGCGCCCGGUGGUGUGUGCUGGCUGCAGCAGGGCAGGGAGGCCACCUGCAGCCUGGUGCUGAAGACAAAUGUCAGCCGGGAGGAGUGCUGCGCUUCAGGCAACAUCAACAUGGCCUGGUCCAACUUCACCCACCCAGACAAUAAAAUCAGCCUGCUAGCAUUCCUGGGCCUUAUCCACUGCCUCCCAUGCAAAGAUUCCUGCGACGGAGUGGAGUGCGGCCCCGGCAAGGCGUGCCUCAUGUUCGGGGGUCGUCCACACUGCGAGUGCGCGCCCGACUGCGAGGGGCUUCCCGCAGGCUUCCAGGUCUGCGGCUCUGAUGGCGCCACCUACCGGGAUGAGUGCGAGCUGCGCACCGCGCGCUGCCGCGGACACCCGGACCUGCGCGUCAUGUACCGCGGCCGCUGCCAAAAGUCCUGCGCUCAGGUAGUGUGCCCGCGCCCCCAGUCGUGCCUCGUGGACCAGACUGGCAGCGCGCACUGCGUGUCGUGUCGCGCUGCGCCCUGCCCGGCGCCUUCCAGCCCUGGCCAGGAACUCUGUGGCAACAACAACAUUACCUACAUCUCCUCCUGCCACUUGCGCCAGGCCACCUGCUUCCUGGGCCGCUCCAUCGGGGUUCGCCACCCAGGCGUCUGCACAGGGACCCCCAAAGUACCACCAGAGGAGGAAGAGAACUUCGUGUGAGCUGCAGCCACUGGGCCUAGUAUUUGAACCCAUCCCGACUUUAUUUAUUGUCACAGAAAAGAUUCUAAUUUAUCUCAGAAGGACAAUCCCAAACCUGGCCUGGAACCACUUGGGGAUCCCCUAGGAUCCUGAGCACAUAUCACAAGGACUGAUGGUUUUAUAAGGGUCGGUAUGUGCCAGCAUUGCCAGGCACUGGGAUCAAGUUAGGACCCCAGACACCUGCUGCCCAGGGAGGCCGCUUCAUGGAGACCCCCUGCU